UGGACUCAUCCCAGAAAAAAAAAAAAAAACCUUGUCUAUAUGUCUCUUCUUCUUCCUUUAAGCCUUUUCUUUUUCCCUCCCUGUAUUGUAUUCUGCCAUAUAAUGUCCAGUACACUGCAUAUGUUGUGCAUGAGAUGGCUGCGCUAUUGGUUCUUCCAUGUAUUGGUGUUUCUCAUCAAAAUUCACUCUCUUUUUCUCAUGGGAAUGUGUUUGCAAGGAAAAGAUGAGUGUUUCUUCCUCCAGAGAAGGUAACAAGGAUGAGCAAGAGGCCCAAUCUGAAGCCUGCAAGCCAAGGUGGCUUGAGGAUUUUCUGGAAAAUACUUUCUUUGACUCAUGUACAGCUCAUCCAUGUCGUAGGAAUGAGCUAAAUAAAUACUGUAUAAACUGCAAUAUGUCACUUUGCCAAUAUUGUGUAUCAUCAGGUCCUCAUCGCCAUCACAAGAUACUUAAAAUCUAUAGACAUGUUUACAAAGAUGUCGUCUCCCUUGCUGCUAUGGAAAAAUAUGUUGACUGCUCACAAAUCCAGCCCUACAAAUGCAACAAGCGACUAGUUAUUUCUCUGAAUCCUCUCCCGCACUGUGGUUCAGCAUUAAAUAAUGAGGCAACAUGCAACAUCUGCAGUAGAAAGUUGACUGAACCCGAUUUAUAUCGCUACUGCUCUAUUUCUUGCAAGGUCAAAGCUUUUUUAAGAAAGCCUGAUGAUUCAGUUCCUCCCUUUAUUUCCAUCCAGAGUCCUCCUCAGGAAAAACAGGAGGAAACUUCUCCUCCCUUUAUUUCCAUCAAGAGUCCUCCUCAGGAAACACAGGAUGAAACUUCUGCCUUUAUUCCCAUCAAGUUUCCUCCUGAGGAAACACAGGAGGAAACUUCUCCUUUUAUUUCCAUCCAGAGCCCUCCUCAGGAAACACAGGAGGUAACUUCUGAACCCCCAAAGCGAAAAAGGAAAAGAAAGGGAACACCCCGCAGAGCUCCCUUCUUCUAAGAGCCUCAAGUUGGUCACUUAUCCUUAGAUGGUUUCAAUAUGCAGGAGUGGAAGAAGUUACUUCAUAAAGUUUGUGUAAUCAAGACGGUGAAUGUAUUAGUCAUGUUGUCAUGAAGAACUGAAAUAUUCUAAAUUCUUGUCUUUCGUGGCUUGUAAUUCCUUAUUAUCAUGGGACACUACAUCAUGAUGUUUUAUAUCAUA